AUGGAAAGGAACGAUGAUGAAAACACACUACCAAAAGCUACAGUGGACAAGAUGGUGUCAUCUAUGCUUCCCAAGAACUCCAUUGUCCCAAAGGAAUCCAAGGAGAUUUUCCAGAAUGCGUGCAUCUAUUUCUUGAAUAUGUUAACACUGGAAGCAAACAAAGCUUGUGAGGAAGAAAAGAAGAAGACAAUCAGUUAUGAACAUAUCUACAAGGCUCUGAAAAACCUUGGGUUUGAAGACUACGUCGAUAGCUGCAUGAAGGAGCAUGGGAACUAUGAGAAUUAUAUCAAGCAGAAACCGUCGAAAAUCGAUAAAUUCAAGGACUCUGGGCUGUCCAUGGAAGAGCUCCACAACCAGCAAAUCAAGCUCUUUCAAAAUGCAAAGCUCCAGUUUGAGAAAUCCUUUGAAGAUGACCAUUAUGAUGGGAAUGAGGAAUGA